CAAACCAAGCUAAUCAGGCUCUAGGACAAGGCUAUCCACCCCAACAACAACAGCAGCAGCAGAUGAUGAUGGCUCAGUUCUAUGCCCAACAGCAACAACUACAGCAGCAGCAACAGCAACAAGCAUAUGGAAACCAGAUGGGAGGAGGAUAUGGAUACGGUUAUAAUCAACAGCAACAAGGAAGCAGCCCAUAUUUGGAGCAGCAAAUGCAUGGCAUGUCCAUCAGAGACCAGGCGUCGCAUCAGGCACCAUCAUCAUCAUCUUCUUAUCUGCCUCCUAUGAAACCUAAGAAUAAACCAGAGGAUAAGCUAUUUGGGGAUCUAGUUGACAUCUCCAAAUUCAAGCCUAGUACAAAACCGACUUCCGGAAGAGCUGGUACCAUGUGAAAGAUCUACUCAUUAUUUAAUGAUUAUUCGUCUCUCUGUAUCUUUACUCAGCUAACUCUCUUUCUUUGUUUUUCAAGAUUUGAUCAAUUGAUUAGACCCUCUUGUGAGAUGCAUACAUACAUAUAUGUUAUCGUGUUCCUUGCUUAUAAAUUUGCUGGUGAUUAUGACUGGGAA